GACCUCCGGGUCCUCACCCGGAAACUCACUUCCAUCCCGCCGGCUCAGCUGCCUCACUCUCUCCCUUCGCUCAUCCGCCACGUCCUUCGAUGCCGCGAUGCUCUAUCCGCCCCUCAAGACCCCAAAGCCAAGGGCGAUGGAUCCCAAAGUUCCAUGCUCGUCCACAAGCUCAAAACAAGCAUCACGACGCUCUUGAAUGGGCGAAGCCGCGAGGGCAGGUUCGUUGCGAUUGGCCUGGUCAAGGCGGCUGUUGACGUUGGCGGAUGGGAGACGCUCCGAGGCUCUGCUGCGUGGGUGUGCGGACUGCUCUCUAUCGUCCAGAAAGGAGAUCCUCCAGCUGCCAAAGAGCUGGCUAUUGUGACUCUCACAAAAAUCUACAUGCUCGUUCAUCCUUAUCAGACUCUUGUCCGAGAGGUUGCGACACCUACGCUCCCGGCUUUUGCAACGGCAUGCGUGCAGCUAAUUAAGCAAAAGGGUGAAGCACAAUUUGCACUCGCGCCCAUGAACCUGAUUGAAACCAUCUGCGAAUCGUUCUCAACUCUGAUUCCCCUCUACCCACCUACUUUCCGCCCCUUCAGCUCUCAAGUCCGCACUGCUGUCGGACCCUAUAUUGCGCCCACCUGCUCGGAUGAAAUCAGCGUCCCAGAAGCUCUGAAACGGGCUGCCAGACGCCUCGUGGCCUCUCUCCACUUCGUUGCGGCCAAAGCAGGUGGCAGCGAUGAAUGGGUGAAGCUCAUUGAUGGCAUUCUUCAAGAGUUUCACACCACCGCCGACCAGGUCCUCCGAGCCGUUGACGAAUCAUGGGAAGCAACCAGUGGCCGCACACGAUCCAAGGUUAAAGUUGAUGGGGAGCCACACGGCGAAGGCAGCUCUACGGAUCAUCUGCCUCGCUGGUCUGGCCUCGCUGCCGGCGCUGACCGAUUGAUUGGCCUCUUUGAGUUUCUGGGCGAUUUGCUGAGUUAUCCCACCAAGACGGCGGUUAAUGUUCCCAUCAGCGGCCUUGUGGACACCAUCUCAAGAGUCUGCCUGAUUGCUCGAUUGUCGAAAUCUCAGUCCUGGGAGCAGGCUGUCGAAACCAAUGCCUCUAUUGGUAGAGAAGAAAAGGAAGAGCUGUGGAGCUUGAUGCCCGACAUUCACGUAGCGGCAUUGAGGCUCGCCGCUUCUCUCUUCCAAAGACUGCAAAGACACAUGCUACCCCUAGUCCCUGAAAUCUUGGAUCACCUUAUCCGUGUCUUCAAGUCUGGCAUGAGCAUCCCGUCAGUUCGGAUAGCAGCAUACACAACCUUGAACGCCAUACUGCAGCUUGCCGGACCAACACUAUCCAAACCUGCCGUGGAUAUGUUGGACCCCUUUUUCGGAGCAUGCUGCCGAGACCUUCAACAAGAUGCUGGAUUGUUAAAAUCCGCCGACAAACCUCCUGCCACCUCCAAUACUACUACCGGGAAAGGCGCGAAGAGUAGCACCGGCACAGUCAACACCGACCUCUUCCUCCAGCCCCAAACCGCCGCCGCAGCCAUCGAGCCACCAGUCACCCUGGAACCCGACCACAAAAAGAUAGCCAAUGAGCUCCUCACGGCCUUUUUGUCCCUGCUGCCGCAAUCCCACCUCAAGCCCGUCAUGCGCGGCAGCCUCGACAAGACAGCCUUCCUCACCCGCAACCGCGACGGCAUGCUCGCCAGCGUCCUCAACCCGUACCGAGACCACAACGGCAGAAUGUACCCCAGCAUCCUGUCCCAUCUGGCGCAGCAGUUCCCGCGCGACCAAGGCCUGGAAAUCCUCCGCAGCAACCUGCGCACUAGCGGC